CGCUUUUUCUCUUCUUCUUUUACACAGUCAAUAUAAACAUGGUAGACCUGAAUGAAACGAUUGAUAACGACUUGAGCAAAAACGUACAGGAUUGCUCAGUUUCGAAAAAGAAGAAGAAAUCCAACAAGAAAAAAUCCAAUGGACCCGCUCCACCUCCUCUUGAUCCUUUUUACGAGCAAGCUUUCACUUCAUACCCCGUCAAGCUAAAUAACACAAGAGCAAAAGGACGUCAUGUUACUGCCUCUGAAAAUUUAGAGGCUGGUGUUGGAUUAUGUCAAGAACAAGCGUCAGCUUUUGUAGUUCGAUCCGAGUUCCUUGAUCAACAGUGUCACGUUUGUCUUACUGAUUUGAGUCAAAAGAUGAUGUGUUCCGACUGUCAAAAAGUAUUUUAUUGUUCUCAGGAAUGCUUAGAAAAAAACAAUGACUUGCAUGUUUUGGUCUGUAGUGCUUUUGCACAAGUGGAUGCUAUUGGAAGAGCCACCGAUGUCGACUCAGAUUUGCUUCGCCUAAUGACACUGUUGAUGGCACAAAAAUAUUUGGAUACACAAAAAACCAACAACCAUGAAGAUCCCAAACCAACACCUUAUUGGUGUGUCGAAGAACUUAUUAGUCAUAAGGAGGAUACCAAUCCUGCUUUUAUCAAGGUAUUGGCGGAAGCAGCUUCUAGACUUUUGAUGGAAAUGCAGGAAAAUAUGCAUAUAUCUGUGGACGAUAUGGUUACACUUGCAUGCAGAAUCAAUUCAAAUGCUCAUGGUCUGGGCGAUAAUCAAUCUAGAAACACUGAUGUUGCUCUUGGCUUAUUUCCAUUAGGCGCUAUGUUCUUUAACCAUGGCUGCAAUCCCAAUACUGCCUUUGUUGGUAUGCCCAAUGGUCAAUUAGCUUUCAGAACAAUAAGACCAGUCAGCAAAGACGAAGAAUUGGUUGUAAGCUAUAUUGACUUAUAUUCUGACCGAGAUGAGCGUAGACAAGAUUUGCUUGCUUCAAAACAUUUCUGGUGUAAAUGCAAGCGCUGUGCUAGUCCAAUAGAAAAAUCAGUGGAUCGCUUCUUACAGGGUGUUGACUGCAAAGAAUGCCAAAAAGAUGUUUAUGUUAUUCCUGCAACACCAGUAGAACACUUGACCAAAGGAUCAAAGAGCUUAUAUUUAGAAAAGGGAACAUUCAAAUGCGCUCAAUGUGCUCAUGAAAUUUCUGCUGAUGCUGUACGAGACACUCUCGAUAGUGCUAACAAGACAUACAUGUUGGGUAUGACAGCUAUACGACAAGAACGUAAUUAUAGAAAAGGAUCAGAAAAACUAGAAGUGUUGACCAAGAGUACCAACAAUGGAUUACAUACAUUGAAUUCCUUUAAACUGAAUUCUUUCAUCCCACUUAUGAAUUGCAAGCGCCAUAAUGGUGACUUAAAAGGCGCAAUUGAAGUGAACAAAUCUAUCCUCAACUUGAUGGAGCAAUACGCAGAAAAAGGACUACCCGCCAAUACAUCUGAGAUUUCUGAUUACUGGCAAAAUUUAGGUGAAUUGUGUGAAAAGAUGAAAGAAACACAAGGUCGCAGCGCUGUGCUAGAAAAAAAAUGGGCAAAAGAAGCCAAAGCCGCCUUUUCGAAUGCCUUAAAGAUUCGUUCUGUUGUGUUUGGUAAAGAUCAUCCUAAAACCAUGCUUAUCCAAAAACGUAUGGAAUCUAUCUAAAUAUGCAUAUUUGUUGCAUUCCUUUCCUGAACCUUCUCUUGGAGUGUCAAACUUGAGAUUUUUUUUAUUUAUAUUAU